GGUUGCAUUAAAUUCGAUCGAGGCUUUCGCUCCCGCCACACACGCGAAAAUGCCGCUCCUCCACAUCUCCCUCCCGCCGCACCGCCUCCUCCUCGUCGCCGGCGGCCGCCGCCGCCGCCGCCGGCUGCUACUCCUCCCGCCGUCUCCCCGCCGCGUCUGCGUAAGGGCGGCGGCGUCGGUGGAGUUGGAGGUGGCCGCGGCCGCGGGGGAGUACGGGCUCCCCUUCCCGUCGGAGCGCGCCGCCCACCACCGCGAGCUCGCCGCGGCCGCCGCCGCCGUCGAGCGCGCCUGCCGCCUCUGCGUAGACGUCAAGAGAUCACUGCUUUCAGGUGAGAAGAAAAUUUUCGAAAAGAAUGACCAAACUCUUGUCACAGUUGCGGAUUUUGGAGUGCAAGCCCUUAUUAGUUUAGAGCUCCAGCGAUCGUUUCCAUCAAUUCCUCUUGUGGCAGAAGAGGAUUCAGCUUCUUUAAGGUCAUCUAAUGCUGAUAACAGUAGCAAUGUGCUUGUUGAGUCAAUUUCAAGUGCUGUUGCCGACAAUGUGAGUAACACCGAUUCACUUUUAACUCAUGAUGAUGUGCUGAGAGCUAUUGACAAAGGAGGCAAGGAUAGUGCAUCCUUUGAUUCAAAUCCCGCUACUUAUUGGGUACUUGAUCCAAUUGAUGGUACACAAGGUUUCUCGAAAGUGGAUGAUACUCUGUAUGUGGUGGGCUUGGCUCUUGUGGUGAAUGGAAAAGUAGUAGCAGGAGUCAUGGGAAGUCCUAAUUGGGCCAGUGAUACCAUAGCCAACAGAAAAGAUGACAGCAUUGCUUCCCGUUAUGAUCGUGGGAUCCUUAUGAUUGCUCAUGAGGGUUGUGGUGCUUGGACUAAGCGCCUGUAUGAUGAGUUUGGCCAGUUCACUACGUCAAAGGAUACUUGGAACAGAUGCUUCGUGGAUUCUUGUUCUGUUGUACACAAGGCACGCUAUUGCCUUUCCGAUAACCAAACCUGGAAUAUGAUACCACUAUCUGUUGUGUUCAACUCAACGACGGAUGAAUCGAAACCUAGAGAUGAGAAUGAACUUCUUACUUCAUAUGUUUUCUCUGGCAGUUUGUGCAAGUACCUUACUGUAGCCUAUGGGAGAGCCUCAGUUUUCGUCCUUAAAGCACGGACGAAAAGCCUCAAGUCUUGGGAUCAUACUGUAGGAGUAAUUUGUGUGCAGGAAGCUGGAGGCCAAGUUACUGACUGGAGAGGGGAACCUUUGGAUCUUGAAGCUGACCUAACUGGGCGCAGAGACAUUUACCCUCAUGGUGGCAUUCUCAUCACCAACGGCGUCCUGCACAACAAGCUUGCUGAAUUGAUCAAGGCGAAUUACUAAGUAGCUGCAAUGUUGCAUAUAUAGCUCCACACAUGACACAUUUUUUUUGGGGUAGCAUUUUACCUCACCGACCAUCAAGCUGUAUUUGGUCUCUCAUCCAGGAGAGAAACCUUGCAAACAUGUCCAUAUCACUUAUCACCUCUAAUAUCAUUACAGCAACAGAUAUGCAUGACAGAAUACACUGUUCCCCUCUGAACAAUGAGUACCUGAAGAUACAUGCCAACAUGCUAGUCAAGUCAUCUUA